UCCCUCUCUCUCUCUCUCUUUAUCUCUUCAAAAGAUAACGACGCUAAAGCUACCUCCUUUCUCUUGCACCUCCCCAUCCCUUCUCUGUUUCUCUGUUUUGGUUCGAGAACAGGGAAGGGGGAUUUUCCAGGUGCUCAAAUGUGAAAAAGUUUUCGCGUAUCGCUUUUUAAUUUACUCGCGUCUUGGAUUCCAUUUUCUUUAAUCCAUUUGCAAUGACCAUGGAUAUCGAUGAAGUGCUUGUCGAAAAUCCGGCAAGUGUUGGGCGAGAAGAGAGGGAGGAGGAGGAGGAAGUGGAUGAGGAUGUAAUUUUUGGAGACGAUCAAGGGAAGAAAGACGGCGGCGACGGCGAAUUCAAUGAGCCAUCGCCGAGGGGAGUUCUGGAGAUUACGAACACGUGCGAUUCCGACAAUGGCACCGGCGAAAAGCAAAUGUCGAUGUUGUCUCACGUGGACAGCCUGAGGGAGCAGCUGUUCGACCCGAAUUCGGUGCAAUGGAAGAGUUUGUUUAGUUCGAUUAAGAGGAAAUCCGCGAGGAGCAUCUCAAUCAUCCCCUUGUUUGGAGGAGUUGAGAUGAUCGCAAGGAAGAGUAGGAAGAAGCUGUUGCCAACCAAGUCCGAGGAUUGUGGUGAUUUUUUGGUUCCCAAGCCUUCUUGGAGGAAUUUUAGCUUCCAAGAGCUUACAGAAGCCACUGAUAAUUUUAGUCCUGAUAAGUUGCUUGGGAAAGGUGGGCAUGCAGAAGUGUACAUGGGAUGCAUUGCUGAUGGACAAACUGUUGCAGUGAAGAGGAUAACAAAAAAAGAUAAAAAUGAUGAGGACAGAGUUGGAGACUUCUUGGCUGAGCUGGGGAUCGUUGCUCAUAUCAAUCACCCAAAUGCCGCAAAGUUAAUUGGUUUCAGUGCUGAAAGUGGUUUGCACCUUGUUCUACAGUAUCUCCCUAAUGGCAGCCUCGCUACUGUUUUACACGGUUCACAAGAGAGGUUGGAAUGGAAAGCAAGAUUCAAAGUGGCUAUUGGGGUAGCAGAAGGGUUGCAGUACCUUCAUUCUGAUUGCCAGAGGCGCAUAAUCCACAGAGACAUCACUGCUUCAAACAUUUUGCUUGCAGAUGAUUUUGAGCCUCAGAUAUCAGAUUUUGGGCUGGCAAAAUGGCUUCCAGAAAAAUGGGUUAACCAUGUAGUUUCCCCAAUAGAAGGCACUUUCGGAUAUAUGGCUCCAGAAUACUUUAUGCAUGGAAUUAUCGAUGAGAAGACUGAUGUGUUUGCCUUUGGGGUUUUGCUGCUGGAGCUUAUAACUGGUCGCCGCGCAGUUGAUUCAUCAAGGCAAAGCCUUGUGAUGUGGGCAAAACCACUUCUGGAGAAAGAUGACAUUAAAGCAAUAGCAGAUCCCCGUUUGGGAGAUGAAUAUGAUGUGGAUGAAAUGAAACGUGCCAUGAGUGCAGCUGCAACCUGCAUUCAUCACAUACCCAGCAAUCGCCCCAGCAUGAUUAAGGUUAGUCGAAAGCUGAAAGGGGAGAAAGAAGAGAUUCCAAGGGCUGGGAGUGCAGUGUUCCCGGAAUCUGUAUGCAUGGAUGACUACAACACCUCCACAACUUAUCUCCGAGAUCUCGAUCGCCAUAUGCAGCUUGUUAUGGAAUGAUGUUUAAACGCCGUUGCUCCCAGUUUUUUUUUUUUUAGCUCCUUCUCCUGCCUGUGUUGUACAUAUGAUAUGAUGCUUCAAUAUGUGAUUGAUUGUAUGUGAGAAUGUUGUAGCAGCUUAGCUAAGCUAAGCUCAAAAAGCUUUGGGUUUUUGUCUCUGUAUGUAAUAUGUUGUUCUGUGUAUUUCAUUUCUGCUGUUGCUUCCCAAUCUUACAUUGGCGGAUCAGCAGCAUAAUUAUGAUGCAGUUGAACACACAUCUUGUACUGCAUUUCAA